UUUCUUCCCCCAGGUCUGAACGCACCGCAAAUCACAGAUAAGUAAACAUGGAAAGAGAGCAUAGCAAGUAUGUCUUUGUAGCUCCAAACAACAUCUCUGCAGUAAGCAAUGGAAGACAGAACAGAUAAGAAGGCUGCACCCACACUGCCCCCCAACCCCUAGAAGAACAGCUACAACUUACAUGCUAAUCUGGCCAGCUUGUGUGGGCCAGGAAACCCAGAGCCAUUCAGAACUACAGCAGACCAUGAAGAACUCCGGCUCACAAGUCCGCCUUCCUUUACAUCUUCCCUGGGAAGCCGGCCUGGCAGAUGGGAAUCCAUUCCUGAAAGUAGUCGUUUUCUCAUGUCUCUUGACUUUUGGACUUGGGAAGUUGGAGCAACCGGAAAUAUCAAUUUCCAGAACAACAGAUGAGAGUGUUCAAAUAUCCUGUAAGGCUUCCAUCAACAGCUUUAAAAGUGUAGCCAUACACUGGUACCGGCAGAAACCAAAUCAAGGUUUAGAGUUUCUAUUAUAUGUCAUCGCAACUCCUACUCAUAUUCUCUUAAAUGAGAAGCACAAGAAAAUGGAGGCAAGUAAAAAUUCCAGUGCUUCCACAUCAACAUUGACAAUAUAUUCCUUGGAGGAAGAUGAUGAAGCUAUCUACUACUGUUCCUAUGGCUAUAGCUCAGGCUGGAGCAAGAUAUUUGCAGAAGGAACUAAGCUCAUAGUAAUCCCUUCUGACAAAAACCUCGAUGCAGACAUUUCCCCCAAGCCUACCAUUUUUCUUCCUUCUGUCGCUGAAACAAAUCUCCAUAAGGCUGGGACAUACCUUUGUCUCCUUGAAAAAUUCUUCCCUGACAUUAUAAGGGUAUACUGGAAAGAAAAGGAUGGUGAUAAGAUCCUGGAAUCCCAGGAAGGGAAUACACUGAAGACUAACGACACGUACAUGAAAUUUAGCUGGCUGACCGUGACUGAAAAGUCAAUGUAUAAAGAGCACAGAUGUAUUGUCAAACAUGAGAACAACAAAAAAGGAGUUGAUCAAGAGAUUUCCUUUCCUCCAAUAAAGAAAGUUGCUGUAAGUACUGAGCCUACAACUUGCUGGCAUGAAAAUGAUGUGCCUGCGCUGCAGCUUCAGUUUACGAGCACCUCUGCCUACUACACCUACCUCCUCCUGCUCCUCAAGAGUGUGAUCUACUUGGCCAUGGUCAGCUUCUUUCUGUUUAGAAGAGCAGCCCUCUGUGGUAAUAAGAAGAGGUCCUAAGGAAGUGAAUGGUGGUUCAAGUCAGCUACUUUUCAUCCUUUACUGUCAAAAGGUGCCUUAUGGGGGUCCAGCUGGAUUUCCUUGCUAACUUUGACCUCUGUAAAGUCACACGUAUAUCAUUCUGUCACUGCAUAAAAGUUUUCAAACUUUUAUAAGCAAUUUGAGCAGCUUAACUCUGAGCACACCUCCCUUCUGAUUCCAUCCUCUUCAAUAGUCCCCUCCCCCAAGAGCCUGAAGCGUCACACCUCUAAUACACAUAGUUUGCAGCUUCUACCCAUGGUCCUUGUCGCCUUUGAACCAGCUAACUUCUUGAAAGCCUCCACUCUAGACA